CAGUAGUUCUAUAUAAAGACUAAAGCAUUGAGAAGUUAAAUGGGAAAUUCUGGCCCCGGUUCAAGUACUGAUGAGAACCACAUGACUGGCCGGUAACAAUGCGUUUUCAGGACUACUCAGCUAUACAGAGAUGUGGUGGUGGUGAUCUCUGUAUCUGUGUGUGAGAGAGAGAGAGAGAGAGAGAGAGAGUGAUAGGUCUUUAUUCAAACCAAGCUCCCCAUGUUAGCAGCACCAGCAGCAGAGGUUUAUUUUUCAUUCAGAGAGUUAGUGUUUCUGUCUGAUGCACAUCCACUGUGACUGACGCUCCUGCACACUACUGCUACCUUUGUGGUUAGAGUAACUCUCGUUGGUUCGUGUUCUCCCUGGAGGAGGCUAUCUGACUGGAGUUAAACAACGGUACAACACUCCAAGUGACUACUGAGAUCCACUCGUCUUCCUGAUGAGAGGCUUCCUGCUGCUGUGUCUGCUGGCACUGGGCCAUGCCAAGCCCUACCAGCCAAUUAACGUCUUGGACUUCAUGAGGGACCAUGAAAUCAUGAUGCAGGACGCCGAUGAUGACGAUGAUGAUGAUGACGACAACGCCCUUACGGACUGCCCCUUCGGCUGCCAGUGCUCCCUACGGGUGGUGCAGUGCUCUGAUCUAGGGUUGCUCUCCGUGCCAGAGAACAUUCCCGCCGACACGCUAAUGAUCGACCUCCAGAACAACGACAUCACCGAGGUCAAGGAGGACGACUUCAAAGGCAUUAACAAGAUCUACGCCCUGUUCCUUGUUAACAACAAGAUCUCGAAGAUCCAUCCCAAAGCAUUCCGUAACAUGGAUCGGCUACAGCUGUUGUACCUGUCCUACAACCAGUUGACACAGAUACCUGCCAACCUACCCCGGAACAUCCUGGAGCUGCGUAUCCACGACAACAAGAUCAGCAACAUCCAGAAGGAGGCCUUCAAAGGGCUCAAGUCUGUGCAUGUUCUGGAGAUGAGUGCUAACCCGUUAGCUAACAACGGGAUAGAGCUGGGAGCAUUCGACGGCAUGGAAACCUUGUAUAUCAGGAUCGCGGAGGCCAAGCUCACAGCUGUACCUAAAGACCUCCCAUCUUCACUCACAGAGCUUCACUUGGAUUAUAACAAGAUCAACAAAGUAGAAAUCGAGGACUUUUUCAGAUAUAAAAAAAUACAAAGAUUAGGACUGAGCUUCAACCAAAUCAAGUUCGUUGAGAACGGAAGCUUCGCCAGUAUACCCAACGUCCGUGAAAUCCAUCUGGAUAACAACAAACUGAAGAAGGUCCCGCCCGGCCUCAACUCACUGCGCUAUCUACAGGUGGUGUACCUCCAUGCUAACAGCAUCAGCAGUGUGGGGGUGAAUGAGUUCUGCCCUGUCCGCUCCAGUGUUAAGAACUUGUAUACGGGCAUCAGUCUGUUCUCUAACCCUGUUAAGUACUGGGACGUCCAGCCCGCCACUUUCCGCUGUGUGUCUGGACACAGAGGGGUUCAUCUGGGCAACAACCGGAGGAAGUAACAUAUAUACACACACACACACAGGGGUUCAUCUGGGCAACAACCGGAGGAAGUACCACACACACACAGAGGGGUUCAUCUGGGCAACAACCGGA